GGGCCAGCUACUACAACACGUAAUUACUUAUGCUGGCGGUUUCUAUUUGGUUUGGGCGAUAACAAAGAAGAAGUGGUAGCUGACAGCCGUGUUCUUCGUCUUCAAGUUGAGCUGGAUAUCACAAAACCGUGUAGGCGCCAUAUUCUUUUAACGGAUCCGAUGGGAGUGGAGUCUUGGGUGCAAGUACGGUAUGAGAAAAUUUCAACUUUUUACUUUGCUUGUGACAUAAUUGGACACCAUUGGAAAUCUUGUACGACUGGGGCUUCCUUGGAACCUGGGGAUCUCAUGGAGUAUGGGAGUUGGUUGGGGGUGGAAGGCUUUAUAGGGAAAGACCUUUGGAACACAGAUCGUGAGGCGGUUGAUUUAGGAGAUGGGAAUGGAAAAAAUUGGUUAUAUGUGGAAGAUGAGGAUGUUGAUGGUGAGGAUGUUUCUGAGGGGUCUAAGUCCUUUUCUGGGAUGCGUCAGUUUCAUGCCUGGACUCCUGAUUCCCGUGGUCUGGUAGAUAGGCCAGCUCUAGGUCCGGGGUUCCAUCCGAGAGGUUCAUCCGUUAAUGUUGUGGUUGCUUUGUCUAGUGUUGAUGGACAGUCUAAAUUGGGUGAUGGAGAUGGUAUUGGUGCGUGUUCUUUUGGAGACGAGGUUCUUAAUAGCGGGAUUGCUAUGCGUGAACAAGGUAUAGGGAGUAGUAAGGGUGAUUGUAGGUUUGAUGGGCUUGCUCCUUCGUUGGAAGGAUGUAUCAUCCCUAGUUCUUCAUCACAGAGCCAUAUGGCGUCAGUGCAAAAUGAGGAAAUUAUGGCUUCUGAUCUUAUUACUGAUGAGCGCUGAAAAGUGCGCAUUUAAAUCCCUUAAACUUGAGUAUUUUAGGAUUUUAUUUUCUCUUAUUUUUCUGUUUUAGUAUUUAUUUGUAUUUUUGUCUAUUUUAAGUCAAUAAAGUUAAAAUGGGCUAAAAAUGGUUUCUUAAGGCCUUUUUGGAGUCAAACCAAGUGUUGGUGAGAAUCUGGAGCAAAAGGAGGCUGAUUUGGAGCAAAAAGAGGCUGAUGCUGAAAAAUUGCCAAGUGAGAUCGAUUAGAGAUCGUCGAACCAACUCUAAUCGAUCGAAGAAAAGUGAGAUCGAUCGAACCCAGAUCGAUCGAAGAAAAGUUGGAUCGAUCGAAAAUGUGCUGGCAGUGAGCUGUCUUAUUCCUGCUCGCCCAAACUCCAUCGAUCACAUAGUUGCGGGAUUAGAUAUUUUUUGGGGCUAUAUUUCUGACUUAAUGACUAAGAAAAGGACCUUAUAUUUAAAGGGAAUUGAACCAUUUUGUAAAUAAGUUUUUAUCAUUUUACUUUUACAUUGUAAUUUUUAUUUUCUCUCUCUAGAAAAGUUAGAGAUUAGAGUUAGAAGAAAAGAGAAGAGUGGAGGCUCCAAUAACACAUCUCAACAUCUACACACUCUAUUUAGAAUUCAACAAAGAAGAAGAGAAAGAAGAUGGAGUCAUGUUUGGGGAUUGCCCUUGAGAGUUCCAAGAUCACAUCUACCUCCUCUAUGAUUGGCUAGACUUCUCUUUGGGGCUUGGAUGAGCCCCAAGUUUGUAAUUUAAACCUUUAUCUUUUUCAUUCUUUUUGGGAAAUAAUAUCUUGUGAUUAAUGUUCUAGCCUUGUGAAUUUAAUGAAUCUUGGUAUAUUUCUAUGAUUUUUAUGGUUUAAUUUUUCCUACUAAUUUUCUAGUUUAUUUACAUGUCUUUGUGUGAUUAAAUUGGGAAUUAUGUCUCACAUGAUUCAUAUGGUUUAAUUCUUCCUAUUGAUUCUCUUUGUGAUUACAUGUUGUCUUAUGUGUGAUUAUUUGGGAAUUGAUCUCUACACUAGUUUUUCUAUAUUAAUUGCAUGUCUAUGUGUGGUUGAUUGAGAAUCUAGUGAUGGUUAGGCAUGGGUUUUAUUAGAUGGGUAUGUCAAUUAGUUUGAUGGAUUAUUCUUAUGCUUGAUGGGUUGUUCUAUAAUUUAAUUCAUGUUUGUAGGUAGGUAGACAAUCUAUAUUUGAUUCGAUAUUCCAUGGCUUAUUAUUGCAAAUUCUAUGAUUCUUUAGAUUGAUGUGUGCUACAAUUGUGACUAGUUUGAUGGGUCAUGCUUAGAAUUGAUGGGCUAUUCUACACUUAGUUUAUUUGUUGGUUAGGUAGACAAUAUAUUAUUGAAUUUGAUGAUCCAUGCUUAAUAUUGCAAUUGGUAGUCGCAUUUUGUUCACAAGAAUAUUUUCCCCAAAUUAGUUGAAAGUGUGUGGUUUGGUGAACAAGCUUGGUGGUAAUUCCAAUAGACCCCAAGACCUCACUUCUCAUCUCUUAAAUCCCUAUCUCAACUUAGUUUAUUUAAUUGCAUUUCAAUUAAUUGAAUUUUAGUGUAAUCAAAUAAUCAAUCUCUUCUUUGCAAUCUUGUGAUCCACUAGAGUCGAAGUUAAAUUCCAACACGUAUAAUCCCUUGGGACGAUUCCUACUCACUUUUGCUACGUUAGAAGUAGUGGUUUUUAUAAAUUUAAACUUGACCUAAAAGAUCUUUCUUGAACCGCACAUUUACUACAUUAUUUUGGCGUAUACAAGCGGCCUUGUCAAAUUUUGGCGCUGUUGCCGGGGAUCGAACCCGGGUCACCCGCGUGAUAGGCGGGAAUACUCACCACUAUACUACAACGAUCGCAAUAAUUAGGUAUGACAGGUCAAUAAAGUUAAAACGGGCUAAAAAUGGUUUCUUAAGGCCUUUUUGGAGUCAAACUAAGUGUUGGUGAGAAUCUGGAGCAAAAAGAGGCUGAUGCAGAAAAACUGCCAUGUGAGAUCGAUCUAACCAACUCUGAUUGAUUGAAGAAAAGUGAAAUCGAUCGAAGAAAAGUUGGAUCGAUCGAAAACGUGCUGGCAGUGAGCUGUCUUAUUCCCGCGCGCCCGAACUCCACCUAUCACAUAGUUGCGGGACUAGAUAUUUUUGGGGCUAUAUUUCUGACUCAAUGACUAAGAAAAGGAUCUUGUAUUUAAAGGGAAUUGAACCAUUUUGUAAAUAAGCUUUUUAUCAUUUUACUUUUACAUUGUAAUUUUUAUUCUCUCUCUCUAGAAAAGUUAGAGAUUAGGGUUAGAAGAAAAGAGAAGAGUGGAGGCUCCAAGAACACAUUUCAACAUCUAUACACACUCUCUUUCUCUAGAAUUCAACAAAGAAGAAGAGGAAGAAGAUGGAGCCAUGUUUGGGGAUUGCCCUUGAGGGUUCCAAGAUCACAUCUACCUCCUCCAUGAUUGGCUAGACUUCUCCUUGGGGCUUGGAUGAGCCCCAACUUUGUAAUUUAAACCUCCAUCUUUUUCAUACUUUUUGGGAAGUAAUAUCUUGUGAUUAGUGUUCUAGCCUUGUGAAUUUAAUGAAUCUUGAUAUAUUUCUAUGAUUUA